GCAACUUAUGCUUACCAUAUAUAUACGCUUAUUCCGCAGAAAUCUAACACAAUGAAAGUUAUCGACGGAACGUGAUAUUUCAAUAAAAUAAUUCAUUUGUUGGUGAUGUCAGUAAAUAUGAACGUUACGUCACAACCAGGGAUGACGUCACAAUCAGGGAUGACAUCACUACUACAGUUCGAGCCAUCAGGCGCGGAAAGCAUUGAAGAGAUGGUAAAAGAGAAAUCGAGAGAGUUAUUCGCUCUGUGUGAUAAAGAGGGAAAAGGUUUUAUCAACAAAGUUGACAUGCAGAGAUUACACGGGGAACUCCCUCUUAGCGACGAGCAGCUUCGUGACGUAUUUGACAGUCUGGACAAUGACGGGAACGGAUUUCUUACGUUUGAAGAGUUCUGUGAAGGAUUCGGUGGGUUUCUUGGAUUAAAUGUUUCUGAAACAUCUGAGUCAUUUGUUGAGGUUGAUGACGAAGCUGACUUUCCUCAAGAUGUUUCCAACAUUUCCAAAGAUGAAAAGUUGAGAUUAUCUCAUAUCUUGGAACGACUCGAGCAUGAUCCUUCUUUCAAUAGAGAAAGAGUGGGAGAGAUAUGGAAUCGAAUGCAGGAAGAAAAUGAUGAAAUUCCGAUAGAACAAGUCAUUGAAAUUGUUCUUGAAGAGCUGAAUGAAGCAAAAGCUGAGAAAGUUGCAAUGGAACGAAAACUAAAAGAACGAGCAACAAACCACGCCGAUGAAGUUCGCCUGCUUUAUGAAGAGAUGGAAUUUCAAAUCAAUGAAGAAAGACGUAAAACUGUGGCUGAGGAAGUGGUUAGAGAAAGAGCAUUAUCCAUGAAUUUACAAAAUGAGUUGAAACAAAAAGAACGAGAACUUGAGCGGAUUUCCCAACGCCAGGUGGCGUUAGAGAAGCAAGUGCAGGAGUUAAGCAGCGGAAAACUUGAGGUUCGAUCAGAAAACGCUCAACUUGUACAACUCAACCAGAGUUUAGCUGAGGAGCUGCAAAACACGCAAAAAGAUUUAGAAGAAACAAAAGUUCAUGUGGAGGCGAUAGAAAGACAGAAGUUGCAACGAGAGGAGAGAGAGCAAGCAGAGGAAGAAGCAAGGAAGUUGGAUCUUGAGAAGAAGAGUUUGCUUCGUCAACUUGAAAUGCUCAGAGAAGUGAACAGGAAGUUAAGAGAUGAUAAAGACGAAGCCCAGCAAAGGAACAAGUUACAAACCUCAACUCCCAAACAACGACCACCACUAUUCACACAAGGUUCAAAUGUUGGCAAAUAUUUUCCAGAAGCUGAAAAACACAGUGAAGUUUACUCGAAUCUUCAUAACUUGGAAGAAGUUCGUAACAUCCAACGUCCAAAGUUUGAAGUGAUUGACGAAGAGCAGGUUGAAAGAGUUUACGAAAGCUCAAUUUCAAGCAAGAGUGACGAGACUUUGAACAACAAUCAAAGAAAGUCAUCUUUCUCGCAUCCAAAGAUGAACAAUGGGGAGGAGCUUCAUGGAAGACCAAAGCAAUCUUCCCUUAUUUCUCUCACAAGAAGGAACAGAGAUCCUGUUAUGAUGAUGUCACCAGAACAAUUUGGUAAUCGUGCUCUAGAUGCGAGUGAUGAGGAAGAUGGGAAGAUCGAUCUACGAAGACAUCCUUCCAUGUCCGGGUUAAAUCACAUUGAUGCUGUUAAAAUAGUGUUGGACCAACAUGGAAACGAACCUGUUCCUACUCCUGACCGUGUUUAUAAAGUUGUGUUUGUUGGCAACAGUGGUGUUGGGAAAACAAGUUUUAUUCAACAGUUUGUUAAUUCAAGUUUCACCUCUUCCAUCUCAGCAACAAUAGGUGUGGACUACCAGAUGAAAACCAUAAGGUUGGAUGCUCAAGUGAUAGCAUUACAAUUAUGGGACACAGCUGGUCAGGAAAGAUAUCGAAGUAUAACACGUCAAUAUUUUCGUAAAGCUGAUGGUAUUGUUGUUAUCUAUGAUGUCACAAAUGAAAAAAGCUUCCUUGCUGUAAGAAAUUGGAUGCAAAGUGUGAGGGAAGGAGCAGAUCCAAGCGCUAUUAUUCUUUUAUUGGGCAACAAAACUGAUAUAGCAACCAACAAGACUCGCCAGGUCACGCCCAAAGAAGGUGCAAAGUUGGCUGAAGAAUAUGGUGCCAAGUUUUCGGAAACUAGUGCCAAGUCUGGCGAGAAAAUCCACUCAAGCAUGACGUUGUUUGCUUGUGACCUCACAAAGGUUGAAGAUGAACAGAAAGACAGUGUGUUGUCACUUGCUGCAAGCGAUGAUGAGCUGAAGUCAAGUUCGUGUUGUGGGGGAAAGUUUUCGUGAAUUCUUUUUAAAUUGUUUUUCAUUUCCAACCGCAAAAAGCUGACGCCAUGGCAAUUCAAGUACUUUGCACUGACGUAUAAAUUAUCUGUUCACUGUGCGACGUUUCACCGUGUCCGUUAUACAUUGUGAUGUAACGUUCGUGGUUCCGUACAAAAUAUUUUACGAAUAUCCGCAGAUGUUAAUGAAGCUCGUAAUAUGCUUGAAUAAAUAAAUAAAUGCGUAAAUGA